AUGCCUGGCUUUGGCAAGUUGAAAAUAACGGGUCUUGGCGGUCGGAGAUUGGAGAAAUACUGCACCCUGGAUCAUGAGGUCACAUCAAUCAGAAUCUGGCUACCAUCUUCACCGAACUGUCUUAUGGGUGAUCUAGAUCAGGAUAAGGUAGCGGCUCUUCUCAGUGCUGUGGCUAAGAUGGGGGCCGAGUACUUCGUUAUCGACGCUGGAUGGUACGCGGAUGAUAGUACUUCGUGGGAUGAGGCCUGUGGGAGCCUUCGCAAGGAGAUUCUAACAUUUUAA